AGCAAAUACAGCUGUUAAAAACCACUUAAAAUUGAAUGCAAUUCAACAGCUUUUCAGGGGAAUUAUCGAUCAAUUGCCUAUGCAAUUCGAAAAAAUUCCACACCCACCGAUCACAUUGCAAAACUGGUUAACCGCUAUAGCCUUCACUCAGUCUUGGAUCACUCUAAAUGGUUGUGAAGUCCAAAUGGAAAACGUGCUGGUCGGGUUAACAAUUAUAUGUUUGAAUUUCAAUUUACAGCGAUCAUUUUCCUUCACAAAUCGAUUCGUUUCGACCACCACUUGAACUCCCUGAAGAGAUCACAGCAGCUCCAAUUGAAAGUCGGUCAUGCCUGCUGUGUGGGUGUGGAUGCUCUUGGCGGUCAUGAAUCUGACACUCGGUCAGUCCAUUAGUGAUUACGCAGAUAAUGAGGCAUCCAAUAAUAUCCCACAAAAUCAUAUGCGAACCCAGCCCAAAUCUCGAAGAUCAUCGUGUAAAAAGUGCUAUCCAUAUCUCUAUCCAAAGAAGAACUACUACGUUGUGCAGAAGAGGACGAGUGAAAAAAAGCGUCAUAAUGUUGUAUUUCUGCUGGAAGAUCGAAAAACGGGACGUCCUGUAAAAGUGGCUUUCAAGCAUGGUCUUAGAAAUGAUAAAAACGUUCGUGUUUUGAAGGGUUUUAAUAACAUCAAUGAUCCAUGCCGAUAUAAGCCAGGUAGAUGUGUAUAUCGAUUGUUUAAUCGGAAAAACUUUCGCACUUACAGAGUGGAUUUUAGAACGAGGUUUAGGAAUAAAAGGCGUGUUUCUGUAUUAAAGCUAAUACCAUGAGCCCAUAAAGAGUUUAGUUAAAGCCAUAAGCAGUUAUAAACACUGAAAUAAAAAAAUAAUAAAAUCCACAACUAAAAAAAUUAU